GAAUUUUUAAUCAUAAGAAAGAUGAUCGAGUUCAAAGUAUCUGCACCGGGCAAAAUCAUUUUAUUCGGAGAACAUGCGGUGGUAUAUGGAAGAACUGCUGUGGCGAGUAGCAUAAACUUACGUACCACUCUUAAAUUCACUGAACGGAAAAGAUCACAAUGUUCAAAGAACAACAUUAAGAUAGAGUUCCCUGAUAUCAAAUUAUCUUUUAAGCUUCCUUUUAAUGUAUUUCUAAACUACUUCUUUAAAGAUAAUUUCAAUUAUCCAUUGGUAAAAAAAAAUGAUCAAUUGCAUAGUUGUGUGAGUGCUUUUUUCGAUUCGAUAAAGGAUUCGACAGACAACAGCAACAAUGAAAUUACCGAGGAACAGAAAUUAAGUUUACAAGCGUUCUUUUAUUUGCUUGUUUAUAUCGCUUAUGAAGAAUGUAUCGAUAUAAAAGAAACUUCCCUUCACGUGCAUUUAUCCACGGAAUUAAAAGUUGGCACUGGUCUGGGUAGUUCGGCAUCAUUCGCAGUAUGUCUUUCAGCAUGUUUUCUACAUUGGUCGUUUCUACAGAAGGGCAAUCAUCACUCUGAGUUUAACAAGAACGAGCUCGAUAAAAUUUCGCAAUAUGCUCUAAACUGUGAGAAAAUUAUGCACGAAUCUCCAUCCGGAAUCGACAAUAGCGUGUGCACAUAUGGUUCGAUGAUAAAAUUUCAACACAAACGGGUGAUAAACACGUUAUCACAUAUAUCGAAUAUAAAAAUUUUACUGGUUAAUACGAAUAUUACUCGGAGUACAAAAAGUCAAAUCAAACGAGCAGCGCGUACAAGAGAUUUAUACCCUGGAAUCAUCAAUCCUAUUUUGGAUUGUAUCGAUAAAUGUUCGCAAAAUGCUUGGGAGAUAUUUACAGAAAUGAAUAAAAACGUCAAUAAAGCUACAAUAUUUAUGGAAGAGAAUUGGUUUGAAAAGUUAUCGACUCUUAUGAAUAUGAAUCAAGGAUUCCUAAUUUCAUUAGAUGUGACACAUCCAAAAUUAGAGAUAAUUUGUGCACUGGCAGAUAUGUAUUCAUAUGGAGCGAAGCUUACGGGUGCUGGUGGAGGUGGAUAUGCAUACAUUUUACUGCCGCCAGACGUUGAAAAUAAAUCCAUCAAGCUUUUCUCAAAACAAUUACACGAAAAGGGUUUCGAUGUCACGAUGACCAGUCUAGGUGAUAGCGGAGUGAAAAUAGAGGAUUUAGAAUAAAUUAUUUAUAUAUAUUAUAAUUAAAUAUGAAUUAAAAUAAAUAUUAU